AAAAGAGAAGAAAUCAAUCUUGCUCUAUCCACUGAAAGACAUCUUUGGAAGAUAUAGUAGACUUAUUUUUAGAAUCUAUAUCACUUAUCCUUGCUUUCUGACUAUCGUUUUGAUCUUUUUUUGUGAAAGAAUAAGCUACCGCGUCCUUUUAAGAUUAAUAUCUGGACAAUCUAUUGUUGGUUUCGUUUUCUUUCUUUCUUUCAUUAUAUAAUAAACUACGGAAAGCUAAAGUAUCAACUUGCUCUUCUCUUUAGUAUUAAGCUACGUGUUUAUUAUUCUUUUUUUAUACACGAAACAUAGAAGAAUCCCGCCUUGUGCCUGACUAUUCUUCUUGCUAAACUUUUGUUUCAACAUAAUAUACCGACCAUUGCUUUGUUUCAGUUCAACCCUUGGAAAUGUCAGAAGCUCACUUUGUAGAUGGAGAAGCUUUGCAAUUCCGCAACUUGAAAUACUCAGACCUUGGGCCAGUCACGGCGCUAACCCUUCGUGCUUUUAAGGACAGUGACACCUGGGCAUGGAGAUUUCGUGGUAUUUCUCCAUCGGCUUUAUUACCGCUUACAAAACUCUUUAGUAGAAAGAUUUAUUUAAAUCCUCGUGUGAACUGCAAGGUAGCAUAUACUUCGUCUCAUCCAUACGUUGGUUUUUUGGCCUACGAACAGUUUCCUUCUGUUAAACUUUCCUAUAGGGAACGAUUUAUUCAAUGGCUUCACGGUCUUUAUGAAAGAUUCAUUUAUUGGUGGUAUGAUGCCGGCGCUCUUAAACGCCGUGCGCAGUAUAAUGAAGUCCAAUAUGAAACAGCACUUUACAAAACUGGUUUGCUAACUCAACCAAAUGGUUUCAUAAUGGUUCACUUGGUCUCUGUUAAUCCAGAUAGCCAAAAGAAAGGAGUUGGCAAGGCUAUGUUAAACAUUGUCCACCGUGAUGCUGAUAGUCAUCAACUUCCCUGCUUCCUUUUUGCUAGCACAGUCGGUUAUGGUAUGUACGAACAUUUAGGCUAUCGUACAGCCGUCACUACAGAGCUCCGUGAUGAUGAAACAGGUGAACUGAUCAAGAUCAGUUCAGGCAUGAUCAGAGAUGCUAAAAAGGACUAGAUACACAGCAUACUAGUCGUUACUUCUUUUAUCUAAUUUCAUAUCGCCUCUACUUGAUUUUUCAAACUCCUAGAUGAAUAAUGCUUUAAUAAUUCUGGCUCCGCCCACGAAUCUACAAAGAAGCAAUAUUACGAGACUGGAAUUAAUACAUCUGUCUUGUCUCUCAAUCUGCUGAUUAAUAGAGCUUUACUAACAUUAACACGCUAAUUGAUAUUGGGAAAGUAAAAGAAUCUCCAACGAAUCACUCUUUUGCUAAAAAUAAAACUACCAAGCUACAAACAAAAAAAUAAAAGAUAACAUAAAUAAAAUAAAAAUGAAAGGCCAAGCGUAUUUUAGUGACAUAUAAAUGGAUUUUUUUCUUUCUCCUGUAAGAAAAAUACCUUAUUUCUUCAUUAGAAUAUUAAUAACAAGAAAUUGAUAAAAUAUAAGAACACUUACUUUGUCUCUUC